UCAACACAAGUUCGGAAUCUCUUGUUACAGUUUUACUUUUAGGUCGGAAGAAAUUGUCCGGUACACAAGGAAGAAACUGUGAAUCUUGUUGUUUACUAAACAGAAAGUUGAAGCGUGGCAGCUGUUGACUUUCAGAGAACACAAUUAAAAGCUUAAACCUUAGCCAACCUAAUAUGUUUUAUUUUAUCUAGCUCUAACGCUCAGGUACCUGGUGUCUGAGUCCGUUGCCCAUAGCAGCAGAGCUGAGUGUGACCGAUGGGUUUGUGUGGGCUCAGUCUGUAUCCUGUGGCCUGAAUGUGAGGACGUGGUAUUGCGCCGCGUGGGCUGCAGAGCUACCGGCGAGGCGGGCCGGCAGAGCCGGGCCUCAGCCGCUGCGACUGUAGCAUGGCCGACGAGGCUGCGAAGUUGCCCUUGCGGCGCCUGGAGCCGCCGAUCCACAAGUUCAUCAAAGUGGCAAUUCCCACGGACCUGGAGAGGCUGCAGAAACACCAGGCCAAUAUUGAGAAGUACCAGCGCUGCCGACAGUGGGACCGGCUUCACCAGGAGCACAUCAACGCCAGCCGCACUGUACAGCAGCUGCGGGCGAACGUGCGGGAGAUGGAGAAGCUGUGCGGGCGCGUGCGGAGCGAGGACGCCCGGGCCCUGGAGCGGCUGGUGCGGCCGGUCAAGGAGCGGGCCGCCGCCGCCGCCCGCGGCUUCCUCAGCCUGCACGCCGAGGCCCCCCCGGCCCCCGAGGGCCCCGCGAGGGACCCCGCGGAGCCCCGGCGCUCUCCUGCCGCACCAGACGAGCUCUCCGGCGCAGGGGAGGGAGAGGAGCAGCUCCUCGCUCAGGCCCACAUCCCCCUGCCCGAGAUCCCCCAGGACCAGAGCGCCGCGGAGUCCUGGGGCUCCCUGGAGGAGGACCUGCUGGAUCUGGACGGCCUGGUAAACGAGUUCUCCCAGCUGGUCCAUUCCCAGCAGGCCAAGAUUGACAGCAUCGAGGACAACGUGGAGGCGGCGGCGGCUAACGUGGAGGCGGGAUCCCGCAGCCUGGGGAAGGCGGCUAAGUACAAGAUGGCGGUGCUGCCGAUGGCGGGGGCGGUGCUGGGCGGGGUGGUUGGCGGCCCCCUGGGCCUGCUGGCGGGGUUCAAGGUGGCUGGGGUGGUGGCGGCGGUCAGCGGGGGGCUGCUGGGCUACGUGGGGGGGAACGCCAUCCAGAAGACUCGGCGGGCCAAAGUGGACCUCCAGCUCCAGCAGCUCUCCAGCAGCCAGCCUGAGCCCCCCCAACAGGGAGGAAGCAAGGAGGAGUGAGAGGGGGCGGGGCAGAGGAGAGGGGGAGGGGCAGAAGGGAGGGGUUGGGGCUCCAGACCUGGGUGGUGUAAGCAUUCGAAUUUAACUCUUUAGAAUUCUGGUAAGAUUUGAUAGCUGAGAAUUUUUCGGUGCAAUCAGAAUGGGCUGAUGAGAACAUAUUGGUCAAAACAUUAAAAAUAUUUAAAACAUUGUAGGAAAAACAUUUAUCUUUGAGUAAUCUGCAGGAAUUGUACCAGUGUCCUGGGGAAUGAGGGCACCCUCACUCUGCUUUUGUACUGAACCCCAUUCCUCCUUCCACCCUGCCCCCGCCCCCAUCAUCGUUGGAAACCUCAAAGAGCAAGUCCAAGUUAUCAGGCAAGCUGAGGGAUUUCGGAAAGGGUUCAGAUUGCUAAAAGAGGAUGCAGAUCCCUCUUUCCUUGACUGUGUGUGAUUGUAAUAGACUCAAACCAGGUCGUCCACAAUGCCUGGUGACCCCUAAGGUUAGGGUGAAGUAAAUGGCACCGUUGCCAGGUGGUGCCUGGGCCCGGGUACCUCGCAACCUGCUGGAUGAGCUGCGGCACUCCUCCUGUAGGGGAUGAGGAGACUUUUUAAAGACUUGAAGUUGUGUGUGCGGCUCGACGGCUGUAGUUGCCGUGAGACGAAGAUGAAAGCGUACAGUUUUAACAAAGAUGAAGCAAUAUACACUACACUUAUCAAUGUGCAUCUGAUGUGGGAGAGUACCUUCAGAAUGGGGGAAAGCCUGCAGGAGUUACAAGUGCACACUUUGCAUUCUGUGAAUCUGUGACUCAGAACUGGCUCUGAAUGACAAUCCUGUGACCUGACCCCCCUCCCCCCCCCCAAAUCAACAUUGGCUUCUAUUUAGAAGCCAUUGGCUUCAGUUAGUGCCUUGGGUUCAAUGAUGAAAUUAAGACAACAGUUUUCAGUUGGACAUGAUGCCUAGUGAGUUCUUGGAAGAGCUGAGAAAAAACAGGAUUCUACAUUCCUGUGAUCAAGUGUAUCAUGUGGGGAGGGGAUAUCACAUAUAUCAAGGUGUUUUACAUUUGUAGAGAAUACCCUGAGUGCCCUUUAAUUGAUUGAAGACUGUGGGUAUCUUUUACCGAUCAUUGGUCCGUUAGGCUUAUCACCAAUGCAGGACAGAUGGAUAGUGAACAGUGAACCCACUCAAGUCAAGGCACAGUGUUCCAACACUAAGUAUUUCCCCCAACAACAAAAGACCCUCUCUUACACUCUUUGAGAUCUGAUAGCAUGCAAACCAGUUGGCCGGUCUAGCUGGCUUUCUUUCCACGUGAAGCUUUUUACCGAAUCUCUUUCCUGUCAUAACUGUGUGUAUUACCUGGUUGCGUAAUGUAUUGGAAGCAGAGCACAAAUAUUGAUUGGAUACCUCUUGCAAUUUCCUGCUUGCAGUUUACUCUGGAAAUGACUUUGGAAUAGGCAUCAUUUUAGCAGUGUAAUUUAUUGCUGUGGUACUCCUCUUUCUUUCUGAGACCUGAGUUUGGGGGGUGGCAAUUAAAACUUCUGCAGAAGAUGCUACAUUUCUCAGAAGACAGAAGACACGACUGGUUCAUUUCUGAUGUAAAUGGGUACAAAGACUGAUAUUUGCUUAGUUUACACACCCCUCUCCCUAGUGAAUUGUGCCAAAGUGUAGCUACUGAAGAAAAAGAAAAUUAAUUUCUUUAGCUCCAUCCCAAAAAUCUUGUAGCACUCCUCACCAAAUUUUCUGUUUUACUUAGUUUUCCUUUGUACUUUACUAUUUUGCAGCAAGUUUUUCCAAUCUGGUGUUUUUAUGUUCAUUUGAGCAACUUUCCUUGUGUGUUUGGUAUUGCCUGUGUGUGGGUUUGAAGGUGGUUCAGUUGUGGGGUUAGACUGCUCCUUUUGAUUGCUUAAACCCUUUCGUUUCUUGACCUUAGUUAUCUUUAAAUGAAGGAAAAACCACCAAAAUGGUGUUAGUUUUAACGGUGAGGAAACAUCAAGGGCUGUAGAUGUCUCAUGAUUUGCACUUAACAGUCCAGCCUGUGAUGCGGGAAGCCAUUGGAGUCUUCGGUCCACAGCAUGUCAACAUGACUCUGGAGCAGGACUCUAUUGAUGAGCAGAAGUGUACUUGAUUGUUCCUAUAGGGGCCACUGGAGAGCUGCGUUUCAUAUUUUACUCCUGGAAAACAUGCUGUAUUACAGUGAUAAUUCUGCUAUUGAAUGUGACUCCUUCAAACUGAUCCAGGCUGCCCUCCUGUGAAAAAAAACUGAACCGUUCUGUGCUUUACAGCUUGUCGUUUUACCUUGAUUUUAAAAUGCCAAACAAAAUAAAAUAAGCUGCGGACUGUUA